UCACCCACAAUAAAUAUGCCAAGAUUUCUUGAUUUCCACUCAGCCGUGCAAACCGAUAAUUACUGAAAAACCAGAUACGAAAAUUUACAAAUAAAAAAAAAAAAAAAACUUAUUUACGGAAGAUCUCACAAACAAGACGAUGAAAUUCAGAGUUACAUACCCUGAUCCAGACGCCACCGAUUCAUCCUCCGACGAAAUCGAAUCGACCCAGAUAAAAUCAAAGACAAAAGCCCACGAAUUUAUCGUUGACAAGGCGAAGUUUCUCCACAAAAUCGCGAAUUUUUCUGGCGAAAAUCCGAUGGGAUCCGUGAGUUCAAACAAGCUGACCGGAAAAUCGAGUCUCGCCGGAGUACGGCGGAGGAAAUUCGGCAAAUUCGCCGCCGUAAUCAACGACCCUUUUAAGAAGAAGCGUGUUUGGCUGGGCACUUUCAACACCGCAGAAGCUGCUUCCGUGGCGUACCUCUCCAAGAAGCGUGAGUUUGACCAAAAACUGUUGACCCACCGAAGAUUCGAUUGGGUUCACGAGAAUGAGACCUCUGAUGAAAUCGGCGGCGCCGCCGCCGUGGAGGAGGAAGUUUCGUCGGGAAAUCAGCCAGAUGAGGAAUUUGGGUUCUUCAACGGUGUGCAAGUGUUUGAUCGGUAUGGGUAUUUGGUGGGUGAAUUCAGUAAGAUCGAUGAUCUUAGAAUCCACAUUGACGAAAAUGGUGUUUUUUGUUAGUUUUUUUUUUCUAUUUUUUUAAUUUUUUUAUAUAUUUAUUCGGUGAAGA